AUGGCCUCUGCGGUCCCUGCCACCACCACCACCACCACCACCACCACCAUCUCCUCUUCCGUCCCCGACACCAACAACAGCAACAACACCGCCAACGCUAUCGCGGCUCCUUCAUCCGCCAACGCACCCAUCAUGGAGGAUAAUCCCGCCCCGGCCCCGGUUGCGCCAAUCGCCCCACCACCCGCCAGUCCUCCCGCUCAACCCAGAGAGCCCGCGUCCUCCCGCUCUGUCAGUCCGAGUGCUAACCUGAUGACCGGAGAGAACACAACAUAUCACUCGCCCUCCGCAUCUGAGUACGAACCGGAAUCCCCACCCCCUCUCCCGCCGCUCAAGUCCUCGUCUUAUCACAACAAGAUCCCGAAGACUCCAAAGUUUCGCCAAGUCAUUAGUGGUCGUGUAGAAAAGUCUGGCGGCGGCGCUUCCUCUUCCGGAGGCUCCGCCCCGACCACUCCUACCACUACCCUCAAAUGUCCUGUCAAGGGCUGCGGCCAGACUUUUACCGGUAGGAAUCCGAGACAGAGUCUGUGGCAUCAUCUCAAGUAUUAUGCUACUCGGGGACUCCCCGAUAAGCAGGAUUUCGAGAAGGCGCAUGGUGAAGCUCAUACUUUAAUGAAGGAGGAAGCUGGUAUGAUCCUUUUCUUCUUCUUUUUCUUUAUUUACAUCCUCCCCGCACUCCACUCGGGUCUGUUCUAACCGGCCUUUAUCGCGAAAUAGAGCCCAAGGGAACUCCUGUCGAGCGUAAUCGUCUUUCGUCUUCCGACUAUAGAAAGAAGAAUCCCGAAAAGGCCAAGACCUCCGCUAGGCUCUCCAACUUUAGGGCCCGCGCUAGAAAAAAGGGAUUUACUAGUGAGCGGGAGAUUGAGGAAAAGGUUGCGAUGUGGGAAAAAGAAUGGCAGGAAAAACAGGCCAAGGAAGCUUCUGAGGUAGGUGUCCUUUCUGUGUUUAUUUGUUUCCUUUACUCGGCCCAUCCUCUUAUCUAUCCUAUCGCGGGGUCGUGCUUUGCUAAUGCUGUAUCCUCCUCCACAGUACUUUUCCGGAAUCUUGCUGUCCGCGUUUGAGUAGGAAUAAAUCGCGCCAGGCUCACGGGGCUCCUGUUAUCCUAUUUCCCUGUCGAUUUACACCCUUCAUACUCUAUACCAUUGUUUACCACUUGUAUUCAACCCCCACCUUCUGUAACUUGAAUCCUUUUAACUUACACCCUCCCCCCCUCAUUGUCUUUUUGCCUUUUAACUCUUUUUUUUUUUUUUUCUUUCCUUUCCCCCCUCCUUUCGUCUUUCAUCUCUUCCUGCCCCUUGGAGUCGGUGGAAUACUGAGCGUGAUGACCAUAUGGAGAAAUUGGCUGCUGAUUUCCUCAAUGAACCUGCGCUACUGAAGCGCUCUCACAGACGAAGAGAGAACAAAUUAAACUAAUAUCUUGCGUUAUUUUCUUAUCGGUCGGUCCAUAAAAUGUAUAUAGCAUUGCGCUGGGAAAAAAACGGCGGGGUAUGGAGAAAUAGGGGAGUCUUGCAAGUGUUUAUUUUCUUUUCUUUUUCCUCAUUUAAUCUCCUUUUCCGGUUUCCAUUUCAUCUGUCUGGUGUCCUACUUUUUGUUCCUUUUUAUUUUUUAUUUAUGGGUUUCACGGAUACGGUUGCGGGAUUGAUUGAUUGAUUCUGUGGAUGGAUGAGAUGAUGAUGAGCUGGUUAUUGCUGCUGCUUUCGUUGACACAAUUGAAUGUCUGGUCUGAUCUGGUCCUUUGCAGCUCCCUGUCGUGGCUUCUUGAGGUGGCUAGCUACCUAACUAGCUUGCUAUCUAGGGAGCAAGCAAGCAAGAAAGUAAGGUUACUGUUUCUUUAUUUUUCUUCUCGAUUCCCCAAUCGAUUGAAGGUUUAGGGAUGAUGUGAUGUUGUUGUACUGUACUUCUGGCUUUCGCUGUUGGGUUAGUUUGUGUGAGGCUACCUUGCCGUAUUAUAUCUCUUGCCGGUAAAUCGUCGUAGAAUUGAGGGGUAGUUUAGGGAUUGCUCUUCUGAAAUUGCUGAGAUAGGGAGGGAAGGAGGGGGAAAAAACAAGCGAAAAACAACACUUGAUAGAUUUAAGGCACGGUAUUGGUAUGAUGCGGUAUUUCUGUAUGAGUACCGUACUUGUACAGUAAGUACACUUUGCUUCACUCUGCGCGUGUGUUGCACUUUCAGUCACUCGUUCGUCAGACAUGCGAAACGCGAUAGUGCAUGAGUGAUUAGGUAAUCAGCCGAGCGAGCACGCAAAGCCGCCACCGUCAUGCCCUUGACAGCAACAACGCCUUCAGCAACACCUCUUCCUUACUUCCUUCCCUCCCU